AUCUGGUAUACGGCUUGCCACAAAGGCAGCAGUGCCGGAGGGCAAUCGACGCCAGUCCCCGUUCUGGACCCCUGAGCUGGCCGACCUGGAUAAAGCAAUUGCCAGCAAGCCCCACGCUCAAUCCAGCCAGAGGUUAAAGAUUCGGCGCAGAGAACUUCUUCGCACAGCUGCCACUAGCCGGUGGCGAACGCUCUGCUCAAACCUUGAAGCCUCUAACGGCACCAGCUGGAAGACUAUAAAGCGUUUAUACGCCCCCUCGCCCCCUCAGCACACGAGGCGUCAACGCCGAUUGGGUUGUGCUUUCCCAACACCAAAAGGCCAACCACCUGGCCCGCAUGAACGCUGCAAUAGAGCGAAGACACCCGCGAUCUUACUCUCCACCUCCGAUCAAAACAAGAGAUGA